AUGGCCUGCAACUGCUCCUCGACCAACGGCACGUGCACGUGCGCCCCAGGCGCCUGCACGUGCAACGGCUGCACCAACUCUUGCGCCUGCAAGUCGUCCAAGAAGAACUGCAAGUGCGAGACCAACGGCCAGGCUUGCACCUGCUCCAAGGGCUGUGCUAAGUGCGACUGCUGCUAA